AUGUGGAGACUGGUCAUCCUGCAGAAGUUCCUGGACCACAACGGCACCAUCACCAGUGCCCUGCUUGUGGCCAACGGGGGCUCCCGCCUCUGUUGGAUGAGCCCCCGCCAGAUCCAGGCCAUCCGGCCCUUGGAGUUUCGACCCUAUUUCCAGAUAAGCUCACGUUCUGAGGUUCUGAGUGGACAUGAACUUGGAGGAGACACUACUGAACCUAGCACGGAGAGCAAGAGGAAAGCUGUGGUUCAGAAAGCGGGGGCGAGGCCCAGCGUCCAGAGGAGAAGGAGCCUCUGGCCUGCCCAUCAGCCUCACCCCCCACCCAGGCUGGCCGGAGCCCUAGACAUCUCCUCCUGCCCUCAGAGCCGCAAGAACGUGCUCUACGACAAGGCCCGAGAGGCCUUCGGCACCGCCAGAACUGUAGACGCCUACUACAGCUUCACGCCUCCCCCUACCUCGGUGAGACCUCGCCCUGCGUAGGGCACGCCUCCCGGAGCCCCGCCCCUCGUCGCUGCCCCGCCCCUAGGCGGUGCCCCCGUGGAGGAGCUGCGGCACCUGCCCCAGGCUAACGUCUCCGUGGACAUUGACACUUUCACCAGUCUGAACACCCGAGUGCUGCAGAGCCUGAGCGUGGGCAACGUGACGACGCUGCUGGGCCAGAACAUGGGGGACCUGCAGAAGGCUCACAGCCACCCCACCAUCAGCUCCUGGCUCUGCAGCCUCAAUCGGUCAGCCCUGGGCGAGCUGGGCCUGGACACGGACCCAACCGGCCCCACCGGCCUCACCCACGUGACAACUAGGACCCCCAACACCAUCCCCUGGAUGCCCCAUCUAGUCCCCACCUCAGACCGGCCUUGGAGCACUGACCCCAGCUCAGGCAGCCCACCUGGGGUAUCUGCCACUUGCUGUGGCCCUGCCGUCAGGCCUCCUGUGGCUGCUGUAUUGGAGCACCCUGGGGCCCAGCUGGAACCACUCACAGGGCACGUGCCCCAUGGCCUCCAAAGACAGCGCUGCCCCAGCACCACUUGCAGGAAAACCGGGGCUGGUAGGUGGAGCUGGAUGCCUGCCUAGACCAAGAUGCCUGCCCCAUGCCCAGGGGACCUGGCCACGUCCCACAUCCCAGGGGCCUGCAGGGCCAGUCCCUGCCCACACCCAGCUCCCAGGACCUGGAGCCAGACUGAGGACCUGGGCCCAGGGUCACUGCCCCAGCCAGUGAGGGAGAUGCUGCCCCUGCCCUCUGGCUUCUUCCAGAUGAAGAACUGGGGUUGGGGAGGGGUUUCCGCGGACUGACUUCGCUGAUUGAUUUGAAUAAAGGACAAGGUGGUCUUC